AUGAAUACAACACGAUUAAUGCUUGAUUAUACUUAUAAUUUAUUUCUUCCAUUAUCGGAUGAUUAUAUUAAAUUAAAAAACAAUCAAUAUAAUACAUUUCUUCUAUAUUUCGGUUUGCCUAAUUCUCCUAUUACAACAAUUCAUACUGAUGACAGAUUAAUAUCAACAUCAGAAUCAGAAAUUGAAUCUGAUUCUUAUGAAUUACAUAUAUCUGAUAUAAAUAAUAAUAUAUCAAAUGAAAUAGUUUAUCAAACAUUUUUUUCUCAACUUUUACAUAAGUUUUCAAUAUUCGAUGUAUUACCAUUCGAAGAAUUUCAAUUAGAACUUUUUUUAAAAACUUGUGAAGAAUAUUUUUCACUUGUGGAUAAAUUUAAUAGUCCUAUAUUUGCUCCAUUGAAAGCAGAUGUUAAUGGUAAUAUUAAUAAAUUACGACAGAAAAUGAAUGAAAAUGUAAUAAAAUUUCAAACAUUACAUUCAAUUCUUAACGAUGAAAUCGAAGCACAAACAACAAAUGUAAGAAAUUCAGCAACAGAUGCUUUACUUUGGUUAAAACGAACUUUUGAAUUUAUAUCAAGUUUUCUAUAUGAAUUUGGUAUAGGUGAUAAAACUUUAGCAGAUGCUAUAAGCAAAGCAUAUGAACAAUCAUUAAGAAAGUAUCAUGGAAUGUUGGCUAGAAGUGUUUUUUCAUUUGCUCUUCGUGCAGUACCUAAUGGUGUAGAAUUUGUUCGUUCACUUGCCAUCAAUUCAAAUGAUGCUUUAGAAACUCUCUUUGAACAACAAGUACUCAAAGAAAUGCUCGAACAUUCUUUAAGUAUGUCAUCUGUAUUGAAAAAAAUUACAUUAUUCUAUUGGGAACAUGGACUUGAAUCACCAACAAUUACAACUUAA